AGACAGUUAGGGGAUGUUUGUUUCAGCCUCUUAAUGGUUCAGAUGUCUGAAUGGCUCAACACUUAAUGGUUCAGACUGUUUGUUUCAGCCUCUUAAUGGUUCAGACUGUUUGUUUCAGCCUCUUAAUGGUUCAGAUGUCUGAAUGGUUAAGAGAUUUGCCUUUGAAUGGUUCCCGGGGGCCGAUUACCCACCGUGCAAUCGCUGCCCAGCAAUUCGACGGCGCACAAUUCACCCGAGAUCUCGACCACAAAGUCGGGGCAAAAUGGGACCUUUUGGCCAUUCAUCGACCGGGAGGGGAUUUAAUCAUAAGGAGGGUGAAAGAUGAACAAGAAGUUGAUCCGCCGGCUGCAGGCGAGCCUGCAUCAGAAGAAGAAUGCAGUAGUACUGCUUCAAACAAGGAUGCAGCUUCUACCUCUGGGGAAACUAAAGCAUCACAUGUUGCUAGACAUGACAAAUCCCGAUAUGCCAGCGUGCUUGAUGAUCAAGAUGACAAUAUAAGGGAUAUGGAGCCUUCUGCCAUUAGUGGCAACGGAACUGAAGCAGGUCAGAUAAUAGUAAUUAAUGUGGGUGGCCGCAAUGGACAACCCGAACAGAAAUUAUCGUACAUGACCGAGCGCGUGAUAGGUUCUGGUUCUUUUGGGGUUGUUUUUCAGGCAAAGAACCUCGAAACUGGAGAAAGUGUUGCUAUAAAGAAGGUUCUACAGGACCAGAGAUACAAGAAUAGGGAACUCCAGAUUAUUCGUUUAUUUGAUCAUUCUAAUGUUGUCCAAAUGAAGCAUUGCUUCUAUUCAACAACAGACAGGAAUGAAGUUUACCUUAAUCUUGUAAUGGAGUAUGUUUCUGAAACUGUCUACAAAGUGUCUAGGCACUAUAGCAGAAUGAACCACCACAUGCCCAUUAUAUAUGCACAACUCUAUGUAUACCAGAUUUGUCGAGGUUUGAAUUAUAUGCACAACGUGAUCGGUGUAUGCCACCGAGAUAUCAAACCGCAAAAUUUAUUGGUCAAUCCUCACACACAUCAGCUAAAGAUUUGUGAUUUUGGGAGUGCAAAGAUGUUGGUUCCUGGUGAGCCAAACAUAUCAUACAUUUGUUCUCGGUACUAUAGGGCUCCGGAGUUGAUAUUCGGAGCCACUGAGUAUACUGUUGCAAUUGACAUGUGGUCUGUUGGUUGUGUCAUGGCUGAACUACUUCUCGGAGAGCCUAUAUUUCCUGGUGAAAGUAGUGUUGACCUGCUUGUAGAAAUCAUUAAGGUUCUAGGGACACCGAGUAGGGAGGAGAUCAAAUGUAUGAAUCCGAACUACAGGGAGUUUAAGUUCCCACAAGUCAAGGCUCAUCCGUGGCACAAGGUGUUUCAUAAAAGAAUGCCUCCAGAGGCAGUGGAUCUAGUCUCGCGGCUGCUCCAGUACUCGCCAACAAUGCGUUGUAACGCUUUGGAGGCUCUUGCACAUCCUUUCUUUGAUGCUCUAAGGGAGCCAAAUGCAUGCUUGCCUAAUGGAAAACCUUUGCCUCCUCUCUUCAACUUCACUCCCCAAGAGCUUUCCGGUGCAUCUGCCGACCUCCGAAACCGUAUAAUCCCCGAACACCUCAGACACUAAUCAAAAUAGAGAAACAUCCUCUUGGACAACAACGAAGACGCUUUUGAUAGCGGAA